UGGUUUUUGCUGUUCGACAGGAGUAUGUGCUUCUUGGAGAUCAGCUCCUGGUCCUGCAGCCCGGAGACAAUGUUGCCGUCAUCCCACCAAUUAGUGAAGGCUGA